GAAUAAACCAGGAAGUAAUUUUUGUUUACUUUUAAAAUGCCAACCUCUGUAAAUAGUAAUUGAUUUUGAGUAAACAUUGAGUGAGAUAUAAAGCCAUAGAAUACAUCCAUGCCACUCAAAUUCAGCCACUCAGAAUGAUGGGAAGGAUUGCAGAACUGAGUGAAUCACCAUGGAUGAGCAUCUAGCAUUCAACGGAAAAGCUGGGAAGCUCGACGAACGUGUAUUUUCAAAGCUGAAAUUACUAUGCCGGCCUGUCAAAGCAGCACAUGACAACGCACAACAAGGCAAUGAAACAACGCUUGUUUCACAAGAUGAUGUCCCUUUGUACAACACACGUCUUGUUAUACGCACGGUUGAAAAACCUUGGGCGGGUGAUCUCCCUGCGGAAGAAAUAGAGAAUAACCUGGAACAGAGAAUUCUACAUUAUGCAAUUGUUCCCCAAGUGGCCUACUACAGAAAUGAACAGACUGUAAGCUUCGUUGCACCAUUCUUCAGAGGGGGGAACUUGGAUGAAGUAAUACAAAAAGAAAGAGAAAAAGCAGCAGAGAUCGCAACGGAAAGACCAUCUGAGAGAAAACCGGAAAUAGCAGCUGAAAGACCGCAAACGUUAAAAUGGAAGGAUAAGUUACGAAUACUUUACCAAAUAUGCCGGGCCAUUGAAUAUCUUAAUCAGCCACCAAAAUGUGAAAGAAAACCUGUAUCCCAUGGCAACAUUUGCAUGCAAAACGUUCUAUUGGAUGAGCAGAAGAACGCCCGAUUGUUAUUUCUUACACCAAAAUCGGUCGAAGGAGGAGUUGGGGAGGAACAGUUUCAAGAGGACAAAAACAAAGAUGUGCAAGCCUUCAAACAAUUGGCAUACGACAUCCUUCAACAAAGUACGAAUAAAGCAGCAUCAGAUGUUCUUGCACAUAUACAAAAGACUGUUACCAUGACAGAUAUAAAAAAAGAAUUGAAGUCGGAUCUCAGAGGAAUGGGUAUCAACUGGUGGACCCCAUCGCAAGACAAUGGAAAAAAGAAAGACAAGUGUGAGAUUUGCUGCGUAAAUAAGCCCGAGAAGACUUUUGACAAGCUUACACAUGAUGGAUUGUGUGGUUCCCAAAUACAGAUGUGCGUUGGUUGUUUGUGGAACUGGCAAUACAAUCCCAUCAAGUGCCACUCUUGUGAUCAAGACAAAAUACGGUCCCCAGUCGGUGAUGGCUGGGGUGCCAUUCUCAUAGCGGGCACAGAUGGAAAGCAGGACAUAACAAAACGUUUUGAAGACGAUAUAGAAAAGCUGAAAGAUAGAGUUAUUACAAAAGCGACUUUAAUGGGUGUAAUGAACAAUGUUGUCACAGUAAAGAAAUCUAAUACAACAUACGGUGAACAAUUGGAGAAGGCGUUCAACAAUUUUGAUACACCAGAGAUCAGCACCAUCGUAUUAGUUUAUUCGGGUCAUCAUGGGGAUGGAAACUUUCAACUAGAUACUUAUACGCUGACAGACAGUGAGCUUGAAAAGAAAAUCAACUGUCUUAAACAUGUGACGAAAGUAAUUGUAUUUCUGGAUUGCUGUCACCCAAAGAAGCUUAAUCUGGGCGACAAAGCGGUAUUGCAGAUUAAUGGCGUAACAAGCCAGCAAAAAGCUAUAUGUGGACAAACAGGUAGCCAGUUCGUAAAUGACAUUAUUGAUGUAUUGACAAAGCCCUGGGAAUGUAAGUGUUGCAAAAAUACACCUUUAAUAAGAGAUUAUGACAUGCACAGGUAUUUCAAUAACCACCCUUUCAAUGCGUCGACAGAACCGUCACAACAUUCAUACACACAAGGGGACAUUGACCACAUUCUUACGUUUAGACCGGUCGACUCUGGAUGGAUGAAAGCGUUGGACGAAUCAUUAGAAAGCAGCCCAGUGCAAAAAUUGAGAAAUGAGUUAUUUAAACUGUACAACAAAAAUACAAGCACAUUGCGUAUUAGGCUUGACAUCGAUGAGGCAGUUGAAAAGGUAUAUGAAGAGCCUAAACUUACUGUAAAGGAAAUUGGCAAAGAUAAAGAGGAUGAUCUAUCUGAAGUAAAUGACAUUUUUCGAAACAAAGAGGGCACAAUGGCUAAAACGAUAUUUGUUGAAGGCGAGCCCGGCUCGGGUAAAUCUUCACUGUGUAAGAUGAUCGUUCAUGAUUGGUGUGAAACAAAACAUGAUGGAAGGACUGAAACCGAAGGACACGAACUAUUAAGUCGGUUUGAAUUUGUGUUUUACAUAAUUCUCCGUGAGGCAAAGGAUGAAUGCCAGGUUAAGAAAAUGAUACUCAAAAACAUCAUAAAUAGGAUUGGAUUAGACAAUCCAAGCACAGAAGAAUUGCUAGGAGAUGUUUUGAAAUCCAACACAUGUCUGCUACUGCUUGAUGGUCUAGACGAAUGGCAGCACCCUGAAAGAUGCUUUUUCGAUGAAAGAAUUCCCCAUGUCGAAACAAGAUGGGAAAAUUGCAUCAUACUAAUCACCACAAGGCCAUACAAAAUGGCUGAGCUGAAAAUAAGCCGCUCUCGGAUUGGAAAACACGUGAUGUUGAAAGGAGUGUUGAACCCAGAAAGGCUGAUUGAGAAAGUGGUAUCUAGUUUGAAUGCAUUUUACGAGAGAGGACAGUCCCACGAUGCAAAGGGCUCAAAAGUACCACUGAAUCACAAAAUAUGUAUCACUGAAAUACAAAAUAAAAAUAUGUCGCAUUUCGGUGAAUAUCCGAUCAUGUUAGUUCACAUCAUCUGGCUUUGGUACAAGGGAAAGCUUGCGGUUGAUAUGAAACAGUCUGAACUUUACGAAUCAUUGUUGAAUGAACGAUGGAAGGAAUCCUGUGGCAAGAGAGAAUCAGCUGGAUCUAAAUACAUUGACGUGAUAUAUGCCCUGAGCAAAAUAGCCUUUCAAAAGUUAUUUUCUAAAGAUGAACAUAGUACAAUUGUAUUUGAAAUAGAUGAGAAGAAGAAUCCGAAAAUCGAAAUUCUAAAAUCGUCGCUUAAAUCGGGCAUCCUAUCCUGCUCGAAUGUUCCAGGUGAUUUUCAGCAAUACCACUUCUUGCACAAAACUGUUCAAGAAUACCUAGCGGCGCUGUAUUUAUCAAAAUACUUUGAAAAGUGUUGUUUGCAUAUCAAACAAACAUACAAAAACAACAGAAGAGAAAGCGGAAUAAGCUUGUCCCAGAUGUUCCUUUUCCUUUGUGGUUUAAAUUCAAAAGCUGCCGAAAAACUUUCAAAAGUAAUGAAUGAGCUGUUCACGGACUUUUGCGAUAGAGAAGGUUAUAAUGAAUGGGACUUGCAAGUGUUUCAGGAUAAUAUCCUACAAGGUACAAUUGAGCUAGAAAGGAGCGACAUACCUAGGGGGAAGUUGUGUUUGCAGCACAUAUAUUUAACUGAGUUCGACGAACUUGGAAGAGAUGAGAAGAAGGCAACUGCCCUAACACAUUAUGUAACGACAAACCAAUCAUCGGUUAUAUCAUUGCAUAUAGACGACGAGAACACCAAAAAUGCAUUACAUUUAGGGAAGAAAAGCGACAACAAAGUUCUUGAUUUAAGGAAAUUCAAGAGUCUAAAGUACUUACAUUUAAACAAUACAACUUUCAAAGAUGUCACUGGUUUGAAUUUGAAUCAUUUAGUAGAAUGCAGGAUCAUUUUCAUAACUCCACAGCAAGCUCCGAGACUCACAUCAACAUUCUAUAAAUCUAAUAUCAAAUGCAUGAAAAAGAUGAAAAAACUUAUAUUGUCAAAUUUGACAGAUUUGAACUGGCUAAAUGAGGGGUCAGAAAUCAAGGGAAUUAUUGAUAUGCGACGCCUUGCAAACCUUAAGCACCUUACCGAUCUUGGAUUAGACAAUCUGCCUUACUCCGACGUGGUGAAUCUGCACGAGUUGAGACUACACAUGCUUAUGGUAACAUUCAAUGAGCUACAGCAAGCACCACAGCUUAUGUCAACGUUAUCCGCACAUGGAACAUGUCAGAAUAAACGGGAAGGAUUUUUCUCUCACCUGAAGGACGUACACCUGAAACAUAUCCGCAUGUCAGAGGAGCAGUUUAGACGACUAGUGCAGUCUUUCAUAAAAGCGGGAGGUACGUCAUUGCAGAUGUGGGACUGUUCAAUAGAACCGGAAGAGAAUGCAACACACCUUCAGAAUGAACGCGAGCAGCAGGUAGUAGCAUCUGAGUGUACAACAAACAUUUAUGUUUUGUUUGGUAACAUCACUGUAGAGGGGUUUAUUCGGCUAAUUGACUACGUGACCAGAUGCGGUCAAUCCGUGGAAUUUGAAUUGGUCGAGACAACACUGAAAUCAAACCCUGCUGUUGAAAAAACAGCCUUUCCGAUGGUGGCUCCACAGCCUAUCUCAGCUGAUAAUACCACGAAGUUGGAACUAUUUAAGAUCGACAUGUCAACAGAACAAUUUUGUCAAAUCGUCGGUAGGAUGAAUCAACUCAACCAUUCAGUAACAUUAAGAUUAAAUAGAUGUACCGAAAUAUCAGACGACUACAAUCCGCUUACGAAUCAGAUUGAGCCUCCACCAAGCCCGUCUCAAGACUGUACCAAACAUAUUAAGAUCGAAAACACGGACAUAUCGGAAACAUUGUGUGUGUAUGUUGCUACCAGUGCUAUUUAUUGUGGAUACACGUGUGAUAUAUCAGAAUGUAAUAUACUGCCCAGUGAAGUGCCGCAUGCAUAUAAUCUUCACUUUCCCCAGAUGGCUGCCAUCCACUCACCUGCUCAAACAGCAAAACUCAGAUUUCAUAUCGUAUCAAUACCACAGGAUGUAGUUGAGCGUCUCGCCAGCCAAGCGGCAAUAGCUGGACAUUUGGUUGAGUGUGUGUUAGACUGGUGUAGUGUAAGUCCUCCCCCGGAUGUCAGGUUGUUGAAGGAAAAGAUGGAGAGAAACCCUGCCAUUCAGAUCGAGAAAUUCAAGUUUGAGCCAAACAACGACGACAGGCCUAACUCGUUGUAUCCCGAAGGUUAUAAACGUGACCAAAUAUGGGACAUUCGUUUUAAAACAACCGCAAAGAAGUCUACACUCACUGAGUCCACUGCAGGGAAGCCUGAAGUCACGGAAUGUACACGCAUGUAGAAAGGACGUUGGAAUGUUUGACCACAUGCGAUCAUCAUGGAGAGAACAUUCAUGCAAAGUGUAACGUGAAUUGUGUAGACACUUUGCAUGGAUGCUCUCUCAAUCUCCCGAUUGCAUGAAUCGGGAGACUGAGAGAGCAUUCAUACACAGUAUAACGCAAGAGACAUUUUGUGCCUGAAAUGGGGGGACGGAAUUGAUUUGGAGUUAUUUUUGUAGAUGCUUCAACGAGUUAUUUAGGGUGAGUUCCUGUAAAUACUUUCUUUGACAGUGUUUUCACAAUGUAUAGAAAUGUUCCUUUAUUUGUAUCAUUUGCACCCAUUUUUAAAAGAACGUAUGAAAGAUUGACAAUGAUAUAGGUUCUUUAUUAUAGGAUGAAACAGCUAUACUUUCUUAAUUAUAACAUUUCCUUUUGGCACCCUUUAUCAAGUUUUCUUCUUUAUUUUGGCCCCCUUUAUAAACAGUUAUCUUUUCCAUUUGGCCCCGUUUAUCAAGAUUUAUCUUUUUCUAUUUGCCCACCUUUAUCAAGAUGUAUAUUUUCCAUGUUGGCCCCUUCAUCACGUGUUAUCGUUUCUAGUUGAUCCCCUUUUUCAAAAUGUUCCUGACCAUUUCGCGUAAGCGUUUACAUAUGGCCUCCAUAAUCAAGAAUGCUUUUAUCCAUUUAGCCCCCCUUUAUCAAGAGUUAUCUUUUUUGUAUGGCCUCCAUUAUCAAGAAUGCUAUUUUCCAUUUGGUCACCUUUAUCAGGAGUGAGAACGAUCGGUGGAACAGCCAAACAUUUAACUUUGAUCAUUUUAUAAAUGAAUCACUCUGAUGUAACAAAGACGCCAUUAGCCAUACUUUUUUGAUAUUGAUAUGUCUUAUUUACGUUAUUGACUGUAAGAUGUGUGUGUAUUAUUGAUUUGGUAUUAACCAUAAUGCUUGUAAAAGUAUGUUUGUCGUUUUGAAGGUAUUACGAAAAAUAUUUAUCCUUUACUUAUUGAUUUGAGUUAAACCUGUUAUUGUGUAUUGUUUGAGAUUCUACAUGAACAACAGAACAAACAAUUGACAAUGUAUGUGUUCUUGGAUACCUACGUUUGUAUGUAUCAUUGGUUUCAAUAACGUCCGGAGGCUGACAUGAGACAUUUAUAAUAAUACAAAGCUUCCAUAUAGAGAUAUGAGUAAUCGAACGAUUGAAUGUAUACCUCUCUUUCAUAACUACAUUUAAAUAUCAUAGAAUAAAAAUAGUGUGUUUUCAGAUUACUUAUACAAUAUGCUACAACAAAGGAAAGGAAACAAGCAAACGCGUAUAUGACAUACUGUCUGUUAUAUACGUUUUCCAUGAAUUAUUUUUUUCUCUUUUAUUUAUACACUCAUGAACAUUGUUUCAUUAUCCUUUUUCAGUCAUUAUAUAUUGAUACAGAAAUAAUUGUUCAUAUUCAUAAGGUCUGAUCAUAACAUAAUUAUGAUAGUGUGAUGUUUGCUUUGUAUAUCUUAUAAAUAUGUUUUUUGAAUCUACGAUAUUUUAAAUUAAAAAAACACAAAAAAAUGAAAAAUAGUUCAUUCGUCUGUACACGUUUUCUGUCAUUGUUUAUUUAUAUAAUUGUUUGCUUUGUAUAACUUGUAAAACUGUUUUUUGAAUGAACCAAAGAUAUUUUGAAUGAAAAAAACACACGAACAAAUAAAAAAAUAGUUCGUUCUUUUGUACACAUUUUCUUGGAUUUUUUUUAUUUUAACUAUUACUUACAAGACUGUUAACCUUAGGUUUGUAAUUUCUAUCAAUUGUAGUAUUCCCAUGUAAGUUUAUUUAUUCAAAUAAGUAAGAGGUACGUGAAAUUAACGAUCCUUGCAUGAUCUUUUUUAGCAUUGCAUAACCUGUGAAAAUGUUGUAUGGAUACAUAAUUGAAUUCAUUACGAAAAACGUUACAUGAAGAACUUUAAGAAAUUAAUAUGUGCACGUUUCCUGAAAUUUACUUAUUAAGAAUAUUUCUGCAUAUAAUUGUAAACCUUUGUUAUUCAUAUCAGUUGUAAUAUGCCCAUGUAAAUAAGUACAUUGUUCAUUUAUUCAACUUAUUAGACGGUACAUGUACGUACUGAUCAUUGAUUGUUUUGUAUAUUACUUUGUAUAACUUAGUAAUUGCAUGAGUUAUUGUUUUCUUAAUGAAAAAGAUACAUUGACAAAUGAAGAUGACGGUACAAGAACGUGAGUUAAGUUUAUUCACUUUUCAUUGUAAUAGGAUAGUGCUCCUGUAUUGAAUACUGUAAAUGUCACAUGAACGAAGGUUAAUGGUGUCUGUUAUGUAAUUUCAAUUCUCAAGUUUAUUACUAUAAUGUUCAAUUACUAAACGUAGUAGACAUUACAUGAAUGCAUAUUGAUUGACACCAUAUGGUGGCUGAUAUGUAUUUACUUUCCAAUUUUAAUAAUUAUAGUGUUCAAUUACUGAGCUAAAUAGACGGAACAUGAACGUAAGGAAAUGGUGUAGAUGGAACAUUUACGUAAGUUAAUGGUGUCUGCAAUUUAUUAACUUUUUCCAUAUUAAUUACGAUAUUGUUCACUUAUUGAGCCAAGAAGACGUAACCUUAACGUAAGCUUAUGGUGUCUGCAAUUUAUUUACUUUUCAUAAUGAUUGCUUUUUGACAUGGUGUUUUAAAAAAAGAAAAAAAAGGCAAAUGUGUUUUUUAUCGAAAUAUGGCCAAAUUUUAACUGUCUAGGCCACAAUCGUCUACAAGUUUCAAAAUGAUGAAAGUGCACAUUUUUAUUCAAUCUUAUAAAAUUCAUAACAGAAAGAUAUAUUUUUAAUCGAUAAAGUCAAGUAUUUCCAAUCAUGAAUUAAGUAUCGUGCAUUGGAAACUUUCAAUCACCCUUAUUGUUUAUUGAAAUGUUGUAAAAUAUAAGUGCUACAAGCAUCCUGUGUUAAUGACCUCUGAUAUAGACUCAAUGCAUGGAUAAAUAGUUUUAAGUCUAUGUAUGGAUGGUGUGUAAUUAUUCCGUUUGGGAUUGUGUGUAAUAGUUAUAUGUAUGGAUGUUGUGUAAUAACGCCAUGUAGGGCGUGUGUGUAAUAAAUAUUUCUCCCACCUGAGAUAAGUAGAUCCAAUAAUUUAACCAUGCUAGAUAUUCUUAUCUUGCCCACGGGCGAAGAUAAAAUGCCCGUAUGGAACUCUUUUUACCACAUUGUAAUUACCUCCCUUGUUGAAGACUGUCGUCAGUAGCAUCAAGGAAAUCUUGUCUUAUGGUAAUAUUUAGAACGCUAAUUAAUUAUUUCUCGCUUCAGAUGUCACCAUGAAACAGUUUUCAGGCACCAUUCAAGAAAUAAUGCUUCAUUCUCCUUAGAACUAUUUAAAAAGACCGAUUUGACUAUUAACAUUAACUGGAUCACUGCGCGUAUAUCCAUGACAACCAUGUGCUAUCGUACAUCCAUACGCAAUUAUUUUCACUAAGCAAAAAGGACUUCCAGCAAAAUAUACAUUUUUACUUAAUUUUGUUUAACUGAGGUGGGAGAAAAAGCAUCCACCAUAGACGCUCGUAUAAGAUAGGUUCAUCCCGACCCUCGCGCAGGGUGUUUUGCGGAAACUCGUUAAACCUCGUUUCCGCAAAACACCCUACGCUCGGGUCGGAAUGAACCUAUCUUACCCUCUCGGCCAUGGAAGAUACUUAUAAUCUACGAAUGGUGUGCAAUAACUCGGUAUGAGUUAUAAUUUGUAAACACUUGUAUGUAUGGAUGAUGUGUAUUAACUCUGUGAUUGGAUGGUGUGAAAUAACUCUAUGUAUGGAUGGUGUGUAAUAACUCUAUGUAUGGAUGGUGUGUAAUUACUCUGUGUAUGGACGGUGUGUAAUAACUCUAUGUAUGGACGGUGUGUAAUAACUCUGUGUAUGGAUGGUGUGUAAUUACUCUGUGUAUGGACGGUGUGUAAUAACUCUGUGUGUGGAUGGUGUGUAAUAACUCUAUGUAUGGAUGGUGUGUAAUUACUCUAUGUAUGGAUGGUGUGUAAUAACUCUAUGUAUGGAUGGUGUGUAAUAACUCUAUGUAUGGAUGGUGUGUAAUUACUCUGUGUAUGGACGGUGUGUAAUAACUCUAUGUAUGGACGCGGUGUAAUAACUUUAUGUAUGGAUGGUGUGUAAUUACUCGGUGUAUGGACGGUGUGUAAUAACUCUAUGUAUGGACGCGGUGUAAUAACUUUAUGUAUGGAUGGUGUGUAAUUACUCGGUGUAUGGACGGUGUGUAAUAACUCUAUGUAUGGAUGGUGUGUAAUUACUCUGUGUAUGGACGGUGUGUAAUAACUCUAUGUAUGGACGCGGUGUAAUAACUUUAUGUAUGGAUGGUGUGUAAUUACUCUAUGUAUGGACGGUGUGUAAUAACUCUAUGUAUGGACGCGGUGUAAUAACUUUAUGUAUGGAUGGUGUGUAAUUACUCGGUGUAUGGACAAUGUGUUAUAACUCUGUGUAUGGACGCUGUGUAAUAACUCAAUGUAUGGACGGUGUGUAAUAACUCUAUGUAUGGACGGUGUGUAAUAACUCUAUGUAUGGACGCGGUGUAAUAACUUUAUGUAUGGAUGGUGUGUAAUUACUCGGUGUAUGGACAAUGUGUUAUAACUCUGUGUAUGGACGCUGUGUAAUAACUCUCUGUCUGGACGGUGUGUAAUAACUCUAUGUAUGGACGGUGUGUAAUAACUCUUAUAUGGACGUUGUGUAAUAACUCUAUGUAUGGAUGGUGUGUAAUAACACUGUGUAUGGACGGUGUGUAAUAACUCUAUGUAUGAACGGUGUGUAAUAACUCUAUGUAUGGAUGGUGUGUAAUAACUCUUAUAUGGAUGGUGUGUAAUAACUCUUAUAUGGAUGGUGUGUAAUAACUCUUAUAUGGAUGGUGUGUAAUAACUCUUAUAUGGAUGGUGUGUACUAACUUUAUGUAUGGACGGUGUGUAAUAACUCUAUGUAUGGAUGGUGUAUAAUAACCCUAUGUAUGGAUGGUGUGUAAUAACUCUAUGUAUGGACGGUGUGUAAUAACUCUAUGUAUGGACGGUGUGUAAUAACUCUAUGUAUGGAUGAUGUGUAAUAACUCUAUGUAACGAUAGUUAACAUUAACUUUAUAUAUAAAUUGUGUGUAAGAACUAUGUGUAUCAUUGAUUGUUCGAACUAUAUGUGUUGAUUGUGUGUAAUAAGUAUAUGUACGGACGAUGUGUAACAACUAUGUAUGAAGUGUGUGUAAUAACUAAAAUGAAGUUUGGUACAAAAUCUGUUGAAAUCUUUUUUAGUUAAAUUUGUUUAACUCCUAAGGCCACACCAAAUUGAUAUUUCGUUCCGCGGAUUUACCGCUCCUAUUUUUUUGAAAAUGUAAAAAAAAAUAUUUUUAUUUUUUUAGUGCGCCCGCACCUCCAUUUUGAUCGCCAAGUAGAUUUUUUUUCAGGUAAUAAUUUAUUUAAAGGCUAAAAAUAAUCAAGUAUCUACGCUAGUUUUCGUGUUUUUGUAAAGGGAAGUUACCGAUGCGUAGUGUUUUUAUACUGUAUAUCGAUCGGUUUAGCAUGGGUUUCAAUAAAUUCAAUCAAAAUGGCGGCUUCCGGUAUAAACAAUGUGGCUCGAAGUUUGGAAAUUAAAUCUUAUUUGUUACAAUAAAUAUGUUUUAAGCA